CCGAUGGCAGAGUUUGAAAAUAGCGUGGAAUUCUCGGGCAAAUCGAAGCCAUCCGCAACUGGUUCUUUCUUCUUCAACCGUUCUCUCACUUUAAACCCAUCCAUCACCGCCGCCGCCGAUUCCUCUCCGAAAUCCCAUCACCAAACCGGCCUAGACCGGUCCGGUUCGGGCUCGUUCAACAAGUUCUACUCCUCCUUCGAAUCGGUCCGGUCCGCCAGCAAUUCCUUCAAGGGAAAGGUCAAGAAGCUCUGCAGCUUCUUCGAAGCCCCGAAAAGCAUCGAAGAGUCGCAAACCCAUUUGCCGAGUAAGCUCAAACCGGGCCAAAAACAACCCGACUCGGAGUUUCGGGUUUCUUCGCUCUCGCCCGAUAUUUCGGGCCCUAUUCGUUUGCCCGGCACCGGGGACAGAAUCGUCGUGUAUUUCACUAGCUUGCGCGGGAUUCGGCGGACCUACGAGGAUUGCUACUCGGUGAGGAUGAUAUUUCGGGGGUUUCGGGUUUGGGUUGACGAGCGAGACGUGUCGCUCGACUCGGCGUACAAGAAGGAACUGCAAAGCGUGUUAUCGGGCGAGACCAACGGCAACAAAAACAGCAAGAACCACGGCAAUCUGGUGACCCUGCCGCAGGUUUUCAUCAGAGGGAAGCAUAUCGGAGGAGCCGAGACGGUCAAGCACUUGUUCGAAACCGGCGAGCUGGCGAAACUGCUCGAAGGGUUUCCGGUUCAGAAACUCGGGUUCAGUUUCGGCUGCGACAGCUGUGGCGAUGUCCGGUUCGCGCCAUGCACGAACUGCAAUGGGAGUAGGAAGGUGUUUGAUGAAGAAGAAGACAGAGUCCAGAGAUGCUUGGAAUGCAAUGAAAAUGGUUUGAUUCGGUGCCCGGAUUGUAGUUCUUGAAAAAAAAAAUUGAAAAAUUUGGAUUUGGAAUUGCAUUGUUGUUUAUAAAUAAAUGUGAAGAAGAAGAAAGAAAGAACAAAAAAAAAAAAAAAAUUGGAACUGUGAUUUGAUAGUUUGGUGUUUGGAAAAUGGGUGAUAGUUUGUAGAGUUUUUGAGUUCAAAAAUCUAUUUUGGAUUCAAAAGUUUGGUCACAUCAUCAGUUUUUUGGGGGCUGGUGUUCAAUGACUCUCUGAACAGGGUAAUGUUCA